UUUUAAAUAGCCAUCGCCAUCCUUAGCAUAAAUAAAAACACAAAAGCCGGCCUUCCUACAUUCUUAUUAUAAAUAUGGCUAAACUUAUUGAAUUUGCUAAAACUCUUCGCCGUCACUGGAAAAAAUCAACAUUUUUCUUUGGAGUAUUGGCAUAUGGCUCUUCUUAUGGUUUUGAUCGUUACAAAACAUUUCAGAUGAUGAGAGCUUAUUGUGAAGAAGCAAAAGAAUAUGGGGAGAAACCUUUACAACAGAUGUCAAAACCAAAACAUGUGACUGUGAUUUUGAAUCCAGAAGCUAAUUAUAAGAAAGCAAACAUUCAAUUUGAAAAAUUUGUGGCCCCUUUGCUUCAUUUAGCAGGUUUUAAAGUUAGUGUAUUUCAGACAGAGUUUUCAAAGCAGGCUGGAAAGUUGAUGGAAAUAAUGUCCAACACAGAUGCAGUUAUAGUUGCAGGAGGUGAUGGUACACUCCAUGAGGUUGUAACAGGGCUCAUGAGUCGUUCGAAUGAGGAAGAAGAACAGUAUCCUUUAGGAGUAGUUCCACUAGGAAAAACAAACACUGUUGCUAAAUAUCUAUUUGGGUCUAAAUCAUCUUCUAGUGCACAGUUAAUGGCUGAGGCUACAAUGGCGGUCAUACGAGAAAACACUGUUGCUCUAGAUGUAUUAAAAAUUCAGUAUGAAGGUGAAGAAAAGCCUGUGUUUGCCUUAUGUCAGUUUGAGCAAGGAGCUUUUUCAGAUGUUGAGCCUCUUGUAGAAAAGUACUGGUAUUUGGGCAGUUUGAAAGAUAAAUUUACCUAUUUUAAGAAUGCUUUUAAGAGCAAAUCUGUUAUAGAAAACCACAGUCUAGAGUAUGUUGCACCCUGUGAAGGCUGCUCUAGGUGUAAACUUGGCAAACAAAAAAAGAGCAUUCAAGAGCCAGGAAGUACUAGAUGGUGGGGUGCAUUUAUUCCUCGAUCAAAUAGUAACAAAGUUUCAAAUCCUGAGAAAGAUUGGAGUAAAAUUACAAACGAAGAAUGCGGUGAUCACUUGAUUCUUAAACCUGACUAUCUUAAUAUCUCUUCUUCAACUGCAACAACUGGCACAAAAAAAGAUGAUUCUUCAGGAAUUAUGUGGAUUAAGAUAUAUCCUGAUAAUUUAUCCAUGAUGGAUUUCAUAACUGCUGGGUUGUCAAAUCGAAAAUCUAAGCUUGAAGACCCAAAAGAUGUGUCUCAAAUUAUCAAAGCCUCUGAACUUAUUAUAGAUUCCCCUGAAAAAGAAGAAGACAGAUUCAGUUAUAUAGAUAAUGAAAAAUAUCCAAGAGGCUCUUGUAAAAUUUCCAUACUACCAAAGCAAGUUAUUGUAUACGGGUGACAUUUUAGUGUACAGUGUAAUAAAAUGUUUAUGUAUUUGUUACUAUUUUUAUUUAAUAAAAGUUUUUAAUGUA